UCUGAAUUGAAAGGAUCUGGCGACAAAUUGCAGGAAACUAAGCAUUCCAAUGGCUCAAGGGAGGAUGAAGAUGGGUGUGGUUUUGGUGAUGAUGAGCAUGAUGUGUGCAGGUGCUGCGGCGCUAUCACCAACUUGCGCAAGUGUGUUGUUGAGCCUGUCACCGUGCCUGAAUUACAUCGACGGAAACUCCUCCACCCCUUCUUCAUCGUGCUGCCUUCAGUUUGCCAAUGUGGUGAGCUCACAGCCACGGUGCCUGUGUGAAGUUUUUAACGGAGGAGCAGCUUCAUUGGGAGUCCCAAUCAACCAAACCAAAGCUCUGACCUUGCCUACUGCUUGCAAUGUCCACACCCCACCCGUCUCUCGGUGCAAUGCUGCUUCGCCAGCGGAAUCUCCGAAUUCAACUCCAUCAGGAGCUGGAACCACAACCAUGCCUCCCGCAAAGGUGCCCCCCUCAGAUAAUGAUAAUGGUUCGUCCGGUGCAAAUUCCGUCAAGUUUUCUCUUCCUCUGCUGUUUCUGGUUCUGGCAUCAACAUGUGUUCCAACAUUUGUCACACUCAUUCGUUAAUGCGUUGGCGUCUCCUUCAGAACGCUCUAUAUAUUUUUUUAUUUGUUCAUGUCUAUUGUUGUUUUGGAUAUGCCAUCGGGUCUUACCAC